AUGGUCAACAUUGCUCGCGCUCAUGCCAUUGCCGCUCCCGCUGGCCAGCUGAACGCUCGCACCUAUCCGUCUCCCACAUGUGAUCCAAGCCAGACUGUGACACAGACGGAGACCUCGACAGUCACCUCGUGGAAGGCCCUGCUCACCCUCACCAUUGGCGGAGGGACUCACACCGAGACGGUGACGUCGACGGAAAUCUGCACCGUCACCGACACCGAGACGGUCACAGAGUCAACGACCACCACAACAACAACAGCCACUCCCACAAUCACGCCUCCGAGCUGCCCAAGCCAGUGUCCGGCCCCCCCGCCAUGCAACAACCUCGGCUUCGACUGGGCCUACUACAACAACUCGGCCCGCAACACCGACACGACGUACUCGUCCUUCCGUCCAGACUCCUUCGCCCUCAAUCACCACGCCUACAUCUACGCCUGCGAGGGCGGCACCUACACCGUCGACAUCCCCUACGCCAACGACGCCGUCUACCUGUGGAGCGGCGCAAAGGCGUACUCCGGCUGGACCGACGCCAACGCCGACGCAAGGGCGCGGUACGACCAGCCCGACCACGUCGCCGGCCGCGCGACCUUUGCCUUUGACGUCCCCGCGGCCACGUACGUGCCCGUCCGCUUCUUCUACGGCCAGGCGCAGCACGGGGGCGGCUUCAGCUUCAGUGUCACGGCGCCGAGCGGGCAGGUGAUUGUGAGUGACCAGGCGACGUUUAGUCCGUACGUGGUGCGGUACUCGUGUGAUGGGACGACGGCGCCUGCGUUUCCGGCUUUUGGGAAGGAGACUUGA